ACUCUGGCACCCGCACCGUCAUAGGUUAAACUCAUGACCUUUGACUGUCUCAGAGAGCACAUGGACACGAUGGAGUAAGCUUGUUUAGCGUCUGCGUGACAACAUACAAGAAAAACAACGAUAUUUACUAGCAUUUGCAUUUCUAUAUUAAAAUGAAGGUGAAAGUACUUAGCAGAAACCCGGACGACUACAUCCGUGAAACAAAAAAGGACAUACAGAGAGUCCCAAGAAACUAUGACCCAUCACUCCACCCUUUUGAGGUGCCUCGAGAGUACACCAGGGCACUUAACGCCACCAAACUGGAACGUGUGUUUGCCAAACCGUUCCUGGCAUCACUAGAUGGUCACAGGGAUGGAGUGAACUGUAUGGCCAAACACCCCAAGAGUUUGUCUACAAUUCUUUCAGGAGCCUGUGACGGAGAGGUGAAAAUCUGGAACUUGACCAAGCGUGAAUGUGUCCGUACUUUACAAGCACACGAAGGUUUUGUGCGGGGGAUGUGCAUGCGAUUUUGUGGUGCCUCUUUCUUUACAGUCGGGGAUGACAAGACUAUCAAACAAUGGAAUAUGGAGGGGCCAGCAUUUGGAGAACAAGAAGAACCCCUUAACACGAUACUUGGAAAAACAGUAUACACAGGAAUCGACCAUCAUUGGAAGGAUGGGAUUUUUGUAACAUGCGGUCAACAGGUGGAUAUCUGGGAUGAGCAGAGGACCAGCCCCAUCCGCACAUUCACUUGGGGCGUGGACAGCAUCAGCAGUGUCAAGUUCAACCCAGUGGAGACAUGUCUUCUAGCAAGCUGUGCUUCAGACAGAAACAUUGUGCUGUAUGACACGAGACAAGCAGCUCCACUGAAGAAGGUUAUAAUGGAAUUGAGAACUAAUACAGUAUGCUGGAAUCCAAUGGAGGCUUUUACCUUUACAGGGGCAAACGAGGACUACAACUUGUACACUUUUGACAUGCGUCGCCUGGAUGCCCCAGUGAUGGUGCACAUGGAUCACGUCUCUGCAGUCCUGGAUGUCGAUUACUCUCCCACUGGGAAGGAGUUUGUCUCUGCCAGUUUUGAUAAAUCUAUUCGCAUCUUCCCUGUAGACAAGGGCCACAGCAGAGAGGUGUAUCAUACGAAACGCAUGCAGCACGUCAUCUGUGUGAAGUGGUCGACUGACAACAAGUACAUUCUUUGUGGCUCGGAUGAAAUGAACAUUCGCUUAUGGAAGGCUAAUGCUUCUGAAAAGCUUGGUGUGAUUACCCCUCGGGAGAAAGCUGCCCUGAACUACAGCGAGAAGCUGAAGGAGAAGUUCCAGCAUCACCCCCAGAUCAAACGCAUUGCUCGCCACCGCCACCUGCCUAAAGCCAUCUUCAAUCAGUCGAAAGAGCUCCGUGUCAUGAAGGAGGCUCGCCGCAAAAAGGAAAUGAAUCGUCGUAAGCACAGCAAGCCAGGAUCUGUUCCAUUUGUGUCAGAGAAGAGGAAGCACAUUGUGGCUGUUGUGAAAUAGUUUGGGAAUAGUUAGGAGAAUGACAUGGCUCUAGUUAUUUUUGACACUUUUACUUGUAUUCUGGUCUUUUAUAAAAGCACCAAACUGUUUGGACAAUACACUGGUGUACAUUAAGGAGUUAAUUUGGUCAUAUUACACCCUCGAAAUUGUACAUGUUUUGUUUUUUUACACCUCUAUUAAAAUGGCAUUGAAAGAG